CUGAGCAGGCGCACAAGGUGGUUGCAAGUUACAAACCUUCGAACUUUGACAAAAAAGUCCUCCUCUGGACUGGACGUUUCAAGACAGAAGAAGAGAUUCCUCCAAGGAUCCCGCCAGAGAUGCUAGACAGGGCAAGAAACAAAGCUCGAGUUAAAGCUUGUUACAUCAUGAUCGGGCUCUCAAUCGUUGCCUGCUUUGCAGUGAUUGCCUCAGCUAAAAAGGCUGCUGCUCGUCACGAGUCCUUAACAAGCUGGAACUUGGCAAAGAAGGCCAAGUGGCGGAAGGAGGCUGCACUGGCAGCAGAGGCAAAGACAAAGUAA